GAUUUUCUCUGGCAUUAUUUUUCCGGCACCCCCAGUAACACAACGUGACGUGAAAAAUCAACGAAAUAUCUGUGUUUGUGUAGAAAAUAAUAAUAAUUCUCUUCGUAAAUAUAUAAUUUAAGUGUUUUUUGUGAAAUAAAAUAAGUGUUGUGUGUCCAUUAAAAUACGCGGCAAAGCUAAAGCGGUGAUCGUCGGCAUGCCGCGGUCGGCGUGAGAUGGACGGCAUACAGAUGGAGCCCAUCGGCAAGUACAAAGCCGACAGAAACGGAUCUGCUAAGGCAGCUGCCUGGCGGAACAUGGUCGAUCAGGAUUUAGACGAUGUCGCAUUUUUGGCGGAUACGGACAAAGCCCGCGAAGCCCGAGAGCUGCGGGACGCUCCAGUGGCAGUGUGCUCCCAGCGCCGCGCUCUCUGCCUCACUGUGGUGCUGUUCUCCGCCAUGUUUUCUACCGCGCUGAUCAUCGUGUACGCUUCACCGCAAGCUGAUUGUCCAUGCGCUACGGACGUUACGUUGAUACCUGGACAGCCACCGACGGACUCUGAAGCCAGUUUGGCAGCUGCUAACAAGGAAAGGAUAGCAAGCAACGGAGCAGUGUUCCCGUGGCGCGGCGCUCGACUGCCGACCUUUGUCAUACCGAAACACUACAGUCUUUGGCUACACCCGAACUUAACUACUGGAGAGCUACGAGGUGAGGUGUCAAUAGACUUCAAAGUGGACCGUGACACCACAUUUGUGGUGCUUAACGUGAGGGACAUGAAUGUGACUGAGAGGGCGCUGUUCAAGUCCGGCGGCUCGCUCGGACCCAAGGUGGCGAAGACCUUGGAGUAUCCGCAGGCUGAUCAGAGUUAUAUUGAGUUUAAGGAAAAGCUCCGUCGUAAGUUCAACUAUACUCUGAGUCUUCGUUUCAUCACGAAACUGGAGAGGAGUGACAAGCAACGAGGUUUCUUCUUGACGGGCACUCACCGACACCGCUGCGCAGUAUCCAGAUUCUGGCUGACCCACGCUCGCUCCGCGUUCCCGUGUCUGGACGAGCCACACUUCAGGGCUACCUUCAAGAUCACCAUUGUCAGAGACAGGUUCCACGUAUCGUUGACGAACAUGCCGAUAGUAGCUACUGAGGAGGCUGGCUUCUACCUAGGACAUCGACUGCUACAAGAUGAAUUCAGCGUAACCCCCCCAAUGCCACCGCACAUGGUGUCUCUAGCAGUGUGCCGCCUGCAGCGCCGCGCAGCGCCCGAACUGCCCACCGAAGCCACGCCGAACAUUACCGAAGUAGCCACGAUGAUACCCGAAGCCACGUCGGAACCACCCGAAGAGGAUCUGCCGCCAGAAAUCAGUUUGUACAGCGAUCAACAAGUUAUUUUGGAUGAGUCUGGACCGCUUCUGGAAUGGGUACAAAGAACGAUCCAGCACUUUUCAUUUGAGCUGAAUACUUCAUAUCCGCUUCCAAAAUUCGAUAUCGUCGUGGUGGAAGGCAGCAAUCCUUACUCCGAAGGGUGGGGUCUGAUCACGCUAGCACCAGCCACGCUCUCCGACACCAAGACUAUAGCCAGACUACUGGCGCAGCAGUGGUUCGGUGGCACCGUAUCCCCUCGCUGGUGGUCGUCCCAGUGGCUACUGGAGGCGCUGACGUCAGUGUUGGCUGAGAAGGCCCCCGCCGCCCCUCACAGUGACGCUCAGAGACCUGCUGAUGCUUUACUCCUGGACCAUGUCCUACCAGCAUUAAGGUUGGACUCAAGUAACUCAGUGCGAGCAGUCGCCUCCCCGCGACUGGAGAGAGCCGACAUCGAAAGUGCUACCGAUGAACUGUCCUUACAUAAGGGUGCGGCCAUAGUAAGUAUGGCGAUCGCGCGACUGUUGCGGGACCAUCGGUUCGCUAGUGCUGAUGCAAGAGACCUGUGGCGUGCGUUAGAGCGGGACGGCACUGCGGAGAGCGUGGGCGGCGCGGCGUGGGACGGCUGGUGCGAGCGGCCCGGGUACCCGCUGUUGUGUGCCUCCUCCACCGGGCACGAUGUACUGCUCAAGCAGGAGAGGUACGAUAUUUCAGCUGAGCCUCCGGAGCCAGACCCGCCGAUGCUGAACUAUCUCCUCACGUUGGACCUGAGAGCAGACCUUGAUGAACUCUUCUAUGAACCAGAUAACUUCACAGAUACAGAAGAGGAUUUGAAUGCAACGACAACAACACCCCCUCCCACCACUCGUCGCGUCACAGUGAAGACCACGAAGGCACCCCCCCAUAAAUGGAUAAUACCAGUCACGUUUGUGGUGGGACCACUCGAUGCUGAUGAUGAAGAGGCUAACAUAACCGCUUGGAAGAAUGUCACUCAAAAUUAUCAUAAUGCUACUUGGUACGAUGUAUCGACAGAUAACAAGACCACUACUAAAGUAUCAUCGCGAUGGGCUGAAAACGUCACACACUUGAUAUGGAUGAACGAUACUGAGAUGGUAAUACCAGACCUGGGUAAGCACAAAUGGGUGCGAUACAAUGUGGGAGCGAGAGGAUUGUAUCGAGUGGCACCACAGGACAGGACUGAUGGAGAGUCAGCAGAAUCAGCGGCGUCUCGUGCGGCGGAGUUGUACGCGAGUGGGGGCGCGGCGGAGCGCGCGCUGUUGUUGGACGAUGCCUUCGUCCUCAGCCGCGCCGGCAGACUGCCUGCUAGCCGGGCCAUCGCUGCUGCCGCUCGACUAAGCUCAGAAACCCACUGGGCACCAUGGCGAGUAGUCCUGAACCACCUCUCCUGGUGGCGCGAACUGCUGAUGCUGGCCAGCUCCGGUCCUCACCUGAACAGGCUCCUGAAGACGCUACAUCCAGCUAAAGUGGUGGUGUACUCCAAUGAGCAGUUGCAGGGGGCUGGGUUGGGUGAAGAUUUGCUUUGGUUAAGCGGUGCUCUCCUCACAGCAGGAGUGGAGUGGGAGAACCCAGCUGUAACCAAGCAGGCAGUGGAACUGUUCGAUGCUUGGCUGGAGACUAAUCAGACUAUACCUGAUAUUUAUCAAGAGGCGGCGUUCACAGCCGGGGUCCGAACCCACGGCGAGGCAGGCUGGCUGGCGUGCUGGCGCGCCCUGACGGCGUCCUACUCCGCGCCGCGACCGCUCUACUCGCACCGGGCACUGCUGGUGGCGCUAGCGUCGGCUAAAGACGACUGGCUGUUCUAUAGAUUCGCGUUCGCCUCAUUAUCAAAUGAAGCGCAAAGGAGUCGAGAGUGGCGGCUGUGGAUAACUGCGCUUUGCUCAGCUACUUGCAGAUGGCGUGGCGCGGCCGGCGUAUGGCGCAUACUGCGUCCGCAGCCAGUACUACCGCCGUCCGCGUUACAGGCUGCCGCGAGAUGCUUGUACCAGCCGUAUGAUUAUUAUCGGUUUAAAGAACUCUUCGGAGAGUACCGGGGCGCUGCAGCAGCCCUGGACACGAUAGCGCUGAACGCAGCCUGGGUACUGCGCGCCGACAGCGACCUCCUGCGGUACUUCACCGCACUAACACAACCGCAUUAAACAAACUAAGUGUUCCAAGUGAUUUGUGGCGCAACUUGUCGUGCAACUUGUGACGCGACUUGUGACGCUACUUGUGGCGCAACUUGUGGCGCAACUUGUGGCGCGACUCGGAGACUUUUGUGUGUAAACAAUCUUUUUGAGUGUAAAGUGACUAAACUAUAGUGAACUCUAUGUACCUCUUUAUAAUAGUGAUUUUUUAUGUGUCAGUUUUUUGGUGUAACAAAAAAAAUAUGAGUGUAAAGUUUUUUGAGUGCGAAAGAGACAAAAAUAGUGUAAUAUUAAAUAAGUAUAACCUUCAAAGUCAAAGUCAUAAUUAUUUAUUUUAAAUAAACCAGGAAGGCACUUUUGAACGUCAAAGCAAAUAUAAUAAUAUUAAUAACGUCUGUCUGUCGGUCAGUCCUCUAGAUGCUCUAUUUGCUCGUUCCAAAGUGUAGAUUCCUAUGGAGAAGAACGAGCAAGAAACUCCAUAGGUUACUCUUUUUCAAUUUCU